CGGGCUAUUGUGUUUCCCGGAGUUUUAUUCAGUCAAUUUAAAUUGGACAUUUUACCAGUAUUACCGACAGUUCAUUCAGUGUUUAACGUGUAUUUUUGUUUAUUUGUUUUUGAGGGCUUGAAUAAGAACGACCAAUAAAAUAAAUGCAAAUACAGUACAAAUAACUACAAAUGUUGAGUUGUUUUAACUGCGCGCCACGAAGGGAGCGUUUUGGUUGGCCAACUACUCAAUGUUCGCCACUCCAGCUUUAUCCAGUGAGCCGUGUGCUUCGUCUCUUCUUAAGGCGUUGCGAUAGUGUGGAAAAGUUAUUUAAAACGAGAAAGGAAAUGGAGGUAAACAUCAGCCCUGCGAAUCCUGCAGUGAUCGCUGAUGUGUCGUUCUCGUUUCAGGAGGAGCUGACUGCGACGCUGCAGAACGCGCUCGGUGUCGCGGUCGAGAUCGCCGUCGCGGAGAUCACCAGACUGCUGGACAGAGCGCUCAGAGACGUGCAAGGCAAGGUUCAAGAGGCUCUGCAGGACAACAGUGCGCUCAAGUUCAGGUUACAAACAGCCGAGACGCAACUUUCUAAUGUGUGUGGGCGCCUGAAUCAUCAGCCACAGAGACUCGAAGAUUUUAACGUUAGCAGUCAGCUGGUGUCGACCCCCAUCGGCUGCGGCAGGGUUCAGCGCGGGGGUGCACAGUUAAAUAACGCGACCCUUAAUAACGUCCGGCAGCAAACCGAGCCUUCUGUGGACUCGCAACAUGUUUAUGAGGUACGUGGACCCAAGGAAACUGAUGUAUUCCAGCGAGGAUCGGUCUGUGGGAACCCUCACGGAGGCGCAUGCGCUCAGGCUUCGCUUGAAGAAUCGACCCCCUAUAGAUUAGAUGAGACAAAUGACGUCAAGAAUGAGCUACACAGUAUGACCAAAACUGAGCAGGGAAGUGCUGGAACAGAUACAAGUGUGUUGAGUGAGGAGUCAUCCCUUGAAGUGGCUGUAAAAGUAGAAAAAGAGGAGGGAUAUGGAGAACCAAUCCCUGUAACACUCUCUGUAGUGGAGGAGCCUAACUCAGACAGACUUUCUCUGGCUCAGUCUCAACUGCUGGAAGACUGGAGACCUGAGCCAUUGCAGUCAGAGAGCUGCCAAACAAACAUGCACUUUCAGUCCACCAAUCAAUCCCUAGAUUUCCUGUCAUCCUCAAGCUCAGGUCAUCAAAGCCACUUCCCGAAGCUCCACAACAACAAUUACAAAGUUCCCGAGCGCCAUGCAUUUCCCCCCGGCCGAAGAUUGUAUCGUUGCGGCCUCUGUGAGCGAGACUUUAACCGCAAGCAGCAUCUCAAGAUCCAUCAGAGGAUCCAUACGGGAGAGAGGCCGUACACUUGCUCCAUCUGCAGCGCACGCUUUCGUCACGCACUGACACUCAAGCGGCACUCUCGCAUCCAUACGGGAGAGAAACCUUACGUUUGUGAUCAGUGUGGGAAAAAGUUUAGGAAUGAUGGUGGUUUGAAGUUCCAUCAGUGUUCAUGACAACAGUCGUAUAAUUGCACUGUCUAUUGUAGUCAUGUCUAUAGGGUUAUCCCAGGAAAGGAAAGGUCAUUAAAUAGAUGGUUCACCCAAUUUGACAUUUAAUGUAAAUAUAUUUUUAAUGAAAUCUGAGUGGUUUCUGUCCCUCUAUUAAAAGUCAAGUUAACCAAAACUUACAAGAACCAAAAUGGAGUAAAAUUACUUAAUAAAUAUUAAAUAAUAAAUCAUUUUUUCAGCCUUUUAUUUACAUCUUAACAAUAAUCAGCGCACACAUACAUAGAACAUAGCAUUUGGUAAACACAGAAGCUUUAUCAAUGAGGUUUAUUGUAGCUUCCAUGUGAUGGUUUACCAUUUGUGAUGCACUUUAUGUUUGUGUGUUUAUAUGUAGAAUCCACAUAACAUUGGAUCAAACCUCUUGAUUCAUAUGCGUGGACUCUUUGGAUCUUUUAGCCUGAGUUAGAGGUUUUAGUUACCUAGACUUUCAGUGGAGGGACACUGAACAGAUUUAACCAACACUAUUAUAGAAUUUAAUAUGCUUUUCAAAGAAUAAACAAAGUGUAAUGGGUUUGAAAUUACAUGAAUUUAAAUUUCCGGUUGAAAAAUCCCUUUGAGAUGAUAUUAAUGGAUCCUGGAUUCCUUGUCUAUGAAAUCCCUGCUUUAGGUAAAAGCAUGUGUCUAAUGGAUAUCGGUUAUACCUUAAUGCCUUUCAAAAAUAUCUGUAUUUCCCGGUGAUUUGAAGUGCCUGACAAGACUUUAAUACGAAUACUGUUAGAUUGAAUCACACUUUGAAAGAAUGAGAUGAAGUGAUGGAAAAAAAAUAGCAAAUUUUAUAUAAUAUUUCUAAGGUCUGGAAUAUCUUACAAGACUUCAUGUAGAAACAUGUAGUUCAUUAGACUAUUUACAAAGUUGGAAAAAUGUAUGAUGCCUAGCAUUUUAAAAUCUGUUCAAAUUUUAAAAGUCAUGUAGUGUCUUCCAGCCUUUAGCCAUCUGUGUUAUGGUGCUCAGGAUUAAUCUGAACUUGAACCCUUUUGUACUUGAUCUUCACAAAUCAACAAGUGUUAUACCAACCAUCAAAAUCUUUAAAAUGGAGACAUUCUCUCCAUUUCUAACUUGUGAAGACCCCUCAAACCACACAAACAUAAUAAAUGAAAUAAAGAAAAACACUACAACUGCAAGGGGAAAAAGGCAAGUAAUAUAGAAGACCUGCUAACUAAAGUUCAUCUUAGGUAUAUGGCACAGCAUAGAUUCAAAGCACAGAGGAAAAAUGGGCUCAAUGCAAUGUUAUUUUUGUUUUGCAGAUUAAAUUAGUUUGUGAAAUGAA